AUGUCUCCCUUCAAGGCGCCUACUUGGAAUGAGGCGGUCAAGCAGAGACUCAAGGAAAAGAAGGAUGAGGAGGAAUUGGCAGCAAAAAUGAAGGAGCACGAUUACUCGGAAUGCUACUGUCAUGCUCUGAAGAAACCUCCUUGGGGCGGUUACUCCAUUGAGGAACAGAUUUUAUAUGAGAUCAAGCAGCGCAGAAGAAGGGGCGGCCAAGGGAAGCGUCAAGCUACUGGAACUUCUUCUUACAAGUAUCUCAAGAAAGAUCAAGCGGCCAUUCUUGAAGAAGCAGCGGGCAAAGGAACCCUCCAGACUACGAAGUCAGUUCAAAUGUUUCUGCUUCCAAACUCAGGACUAAUAUCUAGAAGCUCCGAGCAGGAGCUUUUCAGUGAGCUAAUUGCCGCUCAGCUAGGACAUGUCAGCAUAUCUAAAGUGGAUAAAGCUCAUACACCGUCAGUCGUUGCUAUAACACAUCACUCAGUACUAACGUCUUCCAGAUCAACGCGCCUAGAAGAUCUUCCCAACGAGGUUCUCUGCAAGAUCAUCAGCAAUCUCGACCCCCCAGAGCUCGGCACCCUCUCGGAAGCUUCCAGAUGCCUCACCAUCGUGAUCGGCCCCGUACCAUGUGGCGAUGCUUUCGUGUGGGCAAGACACCGCUGUCUCAUCCACGGACACACGAGACAUGCUUCCCUCUGUGGAGAUUGCAUUGCUGCUCUCAUCGCAAGAAACAAGUAUGAUGUCCCCAUGAUUCUAUGUAAAAUCAAAGGCUUACUGCCCGUAGUCGCAGCAUUUGCAAGCAGAGUCAUGCGUCUUGGGUCAGUGCUUGGCACUCUUCGUAGGGAAAUGGGCCAACGUUUGCUGAGAUUUGAUCAGGGCAAUACCCGCCAGGUACGGGUUACGGUGGAUGUGAGAGCUAGAUAUGGAGAGGUUGUGGUGCCUUACUAG